AUAUUUGAUUCGAUUAUGCUGUUCUGGUUGCGACAACCAGUUUAGCCAGUUCUUGACAAAUAAACGGAGUCUUUUCCUCACUACGAGACCAGCUUCCACCUCAAUCUGCGACAGAAUCCAGCAGCAUUCACAGUAACGACAGUCUAUCACCUGUAGUCAACCAUGAAUCCCGAAUAGUAAGUAUGGAUUUUGAUGUCGUUUUUGACAGGUCCGGGUGAGCUGUCAGCGUUAGCCGGGGAAGCUGGGCUAGCCUUAGCUGUGAAGGCGGACCGGCGGACCCGGGUACAAAAUGAACGUCAGCUGCUUUGUCUUCUUUGCUAGGCUAGCGAGCUAAGGGCUGUGGUAGGGUGUACGGACAAUCUAGUGACAGCGUUGAUGUCGAAUCUAAAACGUAUCUUUCUAAGCAUUUUAUUAUUUAUAAAACAACGAUUUCCUCGACGGAUUAUUCGUAUUUCGCCUGAGAUGUUCGUAACAUCCCGUUUGGUAACCUAAAACGAAGCGGCUAACAGCUAAAUGGCUAACCGGAUAGCUACGUAGCGUUACCUGACACUGAGGAUUUUGUUGUUGAGGUGGAUCUGACUCUGAGACCGGAUGACAGUUGGGAACACGGUCCUUUGUGUAAACAACAUCUUAUUACGGUGUUUAAGAUCUUUUCUGUCGGUAUAAUUUAAGAAAAAUAAGACUUAUGCUCUCCAAACAGGAUUUUCAGAAUAGAAUAUUUGGUAGAAUUUCAUUUUCUACCAAAGUAAAGUCGUUAGGUCAUUUUCCCACUUGUGGUUUAUCAGCUUUAGAGCUACAGUCAAAGAAUAGUUGCAUUUUGGCAGGGGCACAUCUAAAAGGGUGGCCAGGGGUGUCAUUUGCCCCCCUUGAAAUGUGAUUGGUCACCUGAGGUGCCACCCCAAAUUCCCCAACUUUGAUUGGCCGUCAUCUUACAAGAGGUGGGGCUCAUGGAAAAUCAACAAUGUUAUGUUCAGGUGCUCCUCCAGUGGUUCCAAUUUUUUAAUUUGUGUGUCAUUUUGAAGAACUUUUGUCUGUUCACAGGCUUUCAAGUUGCAUAAGGUCAUUAAAUGUUAUACCCGAAUUUUUAGAAACUAAAGUAUUGAAAAUAUAUUUCAAACAUUUUUGUUUUCAAAUUGAUAAGGAAGUUGAGGGGAAUGACCAGGCGGCAAUCUCUGCUAAGUCACACCUCUGAAUGAAUUCAGUGACUAAGAGCUAAAAAGAUUAAUGAUGGAUAGUUGAGUCUUCAAAAUGUUGUGCAACACCGGUGCAAGGCAGGGGAAGAGAGGAGAGCAGGUAGAGGAGCAGGAGGGGGCAGAUGUGUGUAUGUGGGGGGGUGCAUUUGUGUUUGUGUGUCUGAAAAGCCAAGGGACAAUCAUGAGCACUUGAGAGCUGGUAACGGCCAGACUUACAAGUUAGAGACAUCAUUCUGAAUCAUAAUAAAGUACAAGCCCAAAUCUAGACGUUUUAAAGAAGGUGAAAGCUUGAAAGGACUGAAUGAUUUGUCAGAUCAAAUACAUAUUUUUAUUGCACAGUGUAAAAAUUCUUAAUUGCGAAAGAAAUCUUGUAAAUUUAGUGAUAAUUAUCACCAAAAUUAGGCCAAAGCUCUUAAAGUGUGGUAGUACACAUGACUUUUGGUUAAAAAAAAAAUAUUAUUCUAGAUUAUCAAAUUACACUGACCGACAUGCAGUGGUGAACAAAAAAGGUGGGUUGAACACUUUUCCUAGGUGUUGUGUCCUGACUUGAACAGGCUUCCAAGAAGAUUUUUUAACUCGUAAACUUGUUCAGAUUAGCCUGACAGUACAUGAAUAUGAGGUGUAACAACACAGUUGGUGUUAAAAUGGAAAAAUUACUCUUAGUACUGUAUAUUUUAAGCCAAAACACUGCUGGGUUGUCAGCAGUUACUGUUGACCAGAUAUUUGAAUGAUCCCUCAGCCCCCUCCUGCAGAAAUAAGGAGACACAAUGGCCAAUUCAAUGACUGUGUGCUGUUGAGAUGAAAUGCUGGUUAUAGUAUGUGAUAUAGAUGUGCUGGUUUUACCUGCACUUUACACACUUAACCUAAUUUUAUGUUUAUUCUUUUGAAGCCCCACCCUCAACCCACCUCCCAGUAUCUUUGACUUCUGCAGGAAUCAGCAUUUGUAUCCAGUUUUGAGUCUAAGUGUCACACCCCUUUUACCAACAAUUGGUACUUUUGCUUUCUUUUUCAGUUAUUUAAGGAGGGGGUAUUAUGCAUUUUUUUCAGACUCUCGCACACUGUUGGAGGCAGACUGCUCCGUUGUGCCAGAAGCACAGAUAAACUCAUAAGGAGAGCCAGGAGAGCCUAUUGCAGUGAUGUCAUUAGUUUAGUGAGUCUUAUUAAGAUAUUGUGUGAUCUCCCAAUGAAACGUUUUGAGUGUCUGCUAGGAUUAUAACAACAUACGUUUACCUCGGAUUUGAAAAUUGACAUUCAAACAUUGUAACGUUGCCUUUUCUGUUAAUGUGAAAAAGCGCAACAUUCCUCACCCCAACCCCCCACCCCUCAUUAAUGUCUACAAACAAACAGCUUUCAGAUGCUCUACAGCCACCAUCUAGUGGUUGGACAUUGUUACAGCCAGGUGCCUAAAACAAUUUAAAAAAUACAUUGUAAAGAUAGUAGACACAGGAACUACACAAAUAUUUGUUUGACAAAUCUUGACUCAUCCCUCAUAGCUAGAAGGAGUAGAAAGUGACUAAUUACAUUUACUCAUGUUACUAUAUUUGAGUAGCUUUUGCUGCCUUGCAUUUUUCCUGAUCAGGGGUGGCUUUGGCUCAGCGAUAGAGACGGCCAUCUGUUGAUUGCAAGGUUCGAGGGUUCGAUCCCAGGUCCUACUGUCCACAAACUAAAGCGUCCUUCAGCAUGCGGAAAGUAGGACCUGGACACUCAACCCCAACCUGCACCCCGCAGUGUGUGAAUGGUAUUAGUCAAAAAUGAUGGGUGCUUCAGAAGACCACAGAGAGUGCUAUAUAAACAUAGUCUGUUUACUAUUUUAUAUAUGAAUUAAAUCAGUAAUUUUUACAGUAGGUGAAGUAUCGCAGUAGGAAGUGUUGACCAUCUCUACAUUUCACACUGCCUCAGUAACUUUGAGACUUCCAGCUGAUUGGCUGACAUCUACUACCUGACACUCAAGAGAACAAAUGCCCAAAAAUAUAGCUCAAGAGAAAAAUAAGAAUUACUCCCGUUAAGUGCAAAAUAGAUUUCCAGAUUGGUUUUCCCCAUAGACUUAAUAACACAUGGAUAUCACUGAUUUGUUUCUGACGUGGAGUUUUGAAGCCUCAGUGAACAAAUACAGAAUACUCAUUCAUAUUCUACAAAACUGGAGGACAUGUUCUAGUAAAGCCGCACUGAGCGGAUAAUCAUGACAUCAAAACAUCAGAGAAACGCAGUGUUUAAGUAUUUGGUCUUUAUUUUGUGGAUGAAAAAAUAAAAGACAAAGAUAGAAGAGUGGGUUCAACCCUGUGUUUCUGUUUUUUUCUGUGGCCACUAGGGCUGUAAAGUCCUAGUCAACAGGUCGACUUAUUGGUCGAUAUGUGCUGAGUCGACCAAAAUGGUUGACUCGAUUUUUUUCCACAUCAGUUUACAGUCUAUGGUUAAUUUCAUCAGGAGGAACGUACCAAGUGCUAAUGGGGAUGUUUUCAGAGCAACCCCAUUUCACAGGUAACAAACAGCCUGUCUCUGAACAUCCCCCUUGUUUUCACCAUUUUGGAAUCGCCCAAACCAGUAGAUACCGGCAGGAGACAGGAAGAGCAUCUAUGUCCAGUGUUUCCAAUGUUUCUUGUUUUUUCAUGCUGCCGAGUCAUGUUGUCCCCCCACCGCAGAAGGGCUUGCCAUCAGAGUUUGAAAAAAGCCCCCCCUCCUCUCCAAAGUCAAUUUUUUGAGAUUCUGAUGUCCUCAGUCUGUACACGUGCCUCCAACAUGCACUAGCAUCAAGACGGAUGAGAGAUGACAGUCUACCCCGUCCCUCUUAGCCAAGCGCUUUUUGGCCAUCUUUGAUGUAGUGGCGUUAGUUCUACAGUCAUGUUACACAGAUUUGUGCUGCCUUCAAAAGGAACUGGUAAAGUUGUGAAGUGGUGUAAAUGAAAGACUUGGUAAACAGACAGGAACACAGUUGAAAGAAUACUGAAAUAAAAUAAUUUCUCUUUGCUGAAACGCCACGCAGUGGAACGACAUUGUCAGUGAUCUAGAUUAAGAUUUGCUGAAGCUCCUCUUGGUGGCUGAUGUAAAUCAAACUACAGUGUACAGGCUGCACUCUAGGGCCCCAACGAUUGGUUGAUGUUGUCGACAAAAAUCAAUAAUGAAAAAAGUCAACAACGAAUUUCCUCCACUUUUGCUUCUUUAACUGCGGACCCUUUAGAUACUUCUCUUUAUUUUUAUGUGAAACUGGUCGCCAUGGGGUUCGCCAAAACUUCAUCAAACGUCACACUCUUAAACUUGAAAUUUUCAGAAACUUUGGAUUUUAAUUGUCGUGAAUACGAUCAGCAGAGGGCGCUCAUAUGGUCUUCCCAUGUUGACACAUCCCCAUUUUAAAGGUUCCGAUAGACUUCCUCCUCAGCAGUGCAAGAGUCAGUCAGAUAUUAACUAUAAAUACAAGAAUUUCACAUCUGGCCUAUUGAUUCUAGUGGCUCAAGUUAAGAUUUUAAAGGGAAACUCGCAUAAAUAAUAUGUCUGUGUGUUUGUCUCACCUCCUGCAUUAGUCAAUGCUACAGUUGAGCAACCUGAGUCCAAAAUAAGUCUGGACACGCCCCUGACUGACAGCUGGGGCCCAGUCUUUUCUGUAAACAAGAGAGUAAUAAUAUAGAGUUUCAACUGACCUCUGAUUACAUCUAAAUAAAAAGCCUGAUAUUAUCUCCUGACAGCCUACGCUGGAGCUUUUAGGAUAAUUUUGAAUUAAUAUUCUUUGUUUUUUCUUUUGCAGUGACUAUUUAUUCAAACUGCUCCUGAUCGGGGACUCUGGUGUCGGAAAGUCUUGUCUCCUUCUCCGAUUUGCAGUAAGUGUCUGUUUUUCAGCUGCUCUUACAUAACAGGCUGUUUUUCCUUCCCCCCCAUCAGCUCUGUGGAGCUUUAUAGCUCUUCAGGUAACAUAUCUACUUCUCAGACUCACCUGUGCGUGUGUUUUUAUUCCAGGAUGACACGUACACAGAGAGCUACAUCAGUACCAUUGGUGUGGACUUCAAGAUCAGGACCAUCGAGCUGGACGGGAAGACCAUAAAACUGCAGAUUGUAAGCGUAGUGUGAUGUAAUCUGGCUGUGAGCAGAUAAGAAGUGAUAAAGGUUGUUAACAUGUGUGUAAGUAGUGACUGAAAAGCUUGUUCUGUUUUUUUUCAGUGGGACACAGCUGGUCAGGAACGGUUCCGCACCAUCACUUCCAGUUACUACAGAGGAGCUCACGGCAUCAUUGUAGUUUAUGAUGUGACAGAUCAGGUCGGUGUUUCUCAGUGAGGAAUAAUGUUUUAUUUAAUGUUGGCGUCUUCUACAGUUACACCUAAAGGGCCCUGUGAGAUCUGUUUGGAUGAUUCCUAGAUUAGAGCAGUCGUGGAUAUCAGAAAAAAUAAGUAUCCAAGGUGGAUAGUCAACAACUGUUUCUAAUUCAACAUAGUUGCUCCCUGAACUGAAAGUUGCUCUCAGCCGGAUGAAAAGGAGACAAAAUUACAUCCAUCAAGAUCCACGGAUUACUCAAAAUUGACAAAGCCUGUUUGAUCUUGCUCAAGUUGAUCCACCGUACCAUGUUAGAGCAGGUUUGGAUCCUCCUUCUUCCUCAGGUAAACUACGUCAGAGUAAACGCUACAAAUAAGGGAGAUUGAGGCUCUCCUUAGUGAUCUGGAUCAUCGGCUCUGCGAGAACUAGCCCCUCUGGUUCCCAAACGGCUCCUAGAGUCAGUUUUUAGAGUCGAGUCCCUCAUGACCGACACAUACUCCCCACCUCAGCGUAGAUCAGGGCUGCAGAGUGAAGUCAGGUAGCAUGAAAAUGAUGAAACUGUGGGAGGAAAAGGUUCAGAUAAUAUUUCUCAAAUAAUAGAACCACAUAAAGCCACACAGGGGAAACUCCUUUACCGCGACAGAUUAAACCUGAAGAGUUUGAAGGUAGUUUAUUUUCCUUUCUUUUAUUUCCUUUAUAAAUAUUGUGAGCUGUUCUCAACUUAACUCACUCAACAGCAAUUUAGAGAGCUUCACAAAAAUCAUCGGAGCAAAAGGCAAAAGGAAAUCAUGAUAUAUGACCAAUAAAAUUUGUGUAACCUACAUCAACAUCAAAAACCCACCCUCUACUGAAGCAGAUAAUACAUCAACUUCUCCAAAAUAAAGCAGCUUUUUAUUAUUUUACCUUCUGGACCCACUCUCCAAAUCCAACACCCACAGCACUUUAUGGCUGAACUUCUCCAAAGUAGAAAAUUUGAUCCUUGAAUUCUGUUCGAUUCUUGCUCCUAGUACAUGAUCUGUGGAAACAAACCUCACCCGGCAAAAGUUAAAGUUUGAAAGCUCACCCAGUUUAUCCAACGUCAGACCGAGGGAGUAUUUUGGAUGCGGUUCCCUCCGAGCUCUGCAAAUUUGAAAAGUCUUAUCACAGCAGAGUCACUGCCGAUCAUCCUGUUUACAUUUCAGCCACACCCAUACAUCCAUGUUGUCAGCAGGUGGAUGUGUAUUUAAAGCAGCCUCGAAAAUAGACUUUCUGUCAGUGACCUCAAUGUUUGAAUUAUUUGAACACUACAAAUAAUUUAAAGACAUCAAACAAUAAAAGAUUGAAGGCAUAAGACCAAAAGGAAAUUACGCAAAACUGAAGCAACUAUACAGAUUUUUUCGUAAAGGGCAACUUUCAAACAUUUUCUAUAAAGUGGAUACAAAAUGAAAUCUUCCGUCCUUUUUGAGUGACGUCCUGAUGUUUGUGGUUUACAGUUCAUUAAAAAAACAUAAACCUGACCGUUCUGUCUGAUCUUGUUUUUAGGAGUCCUUCAAUAACGUCAAACAGUGGCUACAGGAGAUAGAUCGCUACGCCAGCGAGAACGUCAACAAGCUGCUUGUAGGCAACAAGUGUGACCUCACAACGAAGAAGGUGGUGGACUACACCACAGCUAAGGUACGGGGACGAGGUCAUCUUUAGUCACCAUGUUUUCAUUGAUUGACGACAGGUCUUUUGUUUGUUUGUUCUUUUAAUUGAUUAAACCUUUUUUAAACUAUUACAACAGUGGGUGAAUUUUUAACAAUUGGGCAACCUUAAAACUUAAACCUCAAGAAGGAAUUUUAGUGGCAGGAAAAGUCUGGGCGAAGUCAGGUCGAAAUAGUCUGCCUUUUGAGAAGUUUUCAGGAGUGCUGAACAAGGCUUUAGCUGUGACGUCUUCUCUUUAUCUUUGUCACGUUGAUGUAAAUCUGGAAACUUCUUACAUCUUACCUUUAAUUGUUUUAACAGUUUGAACAUCUGAGAUGCCGUCUUUGCACUAUUUUCAGACUUUAAAUGAUUUACAAACCACCAAAAAUCUGUGUUAACAUUUUCCACAGCUCUGUGUGUUCAUGAUUGGAGUUGUAAAUUCCUGACCAUAGAAACCAUCUCUGCAGCAGCUUUUCUGCUCUGUCUCAGCAAAUUCUUCGAACAGUUAUCGAAGUAUUUAAACCAUCUAACUCCUCUUGCCCUCCCUUUUUCGCUUACCAGGAAUUUGCCGACAACUUGGGAAUCCCCUUCCUGGAGACCAGCGCCAAGAGCGCCACCAAUGUGGAGCAGGCCUUCAUGACCAUGGCUGCCGAGAUCAAGAAGAGGAUGGGUCCCGGGGCCACGGCCGGCGCCUCGGAGAAGUCCAACGUCAAGAUCCAGAGCAAGCCGGUCAACACCUCGUCCGGAGGCUGCUGCUGAGACCUGAAAAACAGCCACAACCUGAAUCCACCCCCGAGCCCACGACCAGUCUCAAUGUUACCAUGCUCCACAGAGAAAGAUAACCAGAGAGAGGGAGAGAGAAAGAGAGAGAGAGAGAGAGGAAGACUUUGAGAGGACCGGUUUGUGUGUGUGUGCAGCUACAACACCAGAUCCCCCCUAAAACCUUUCAAAGUCAGCAAUAGGACGGUAAGCCCCCCUCCCCCCCAUCCCAUCCCCACAGACACACUGGGCGGUUCUUUCUUUUCUUACAUUACCAAAACACACUCAUACUGGAAAAAAAAAUGUAAACAAUUUUUAACAGCGUGUGAAGUUAACCAAUGAAAGAUCACAUGUUAUACAGCUUUUCUUCUUGUUUUUGUUUCUUAUUGUUGCCCGGCUCUUCCUUCUUUAUUGUUUUGAGUUUGUUAGAUGAGUCACUUUUCUAAAACUGUUAUAAAAGAAACACAAAGUUGUCUUUAUUUAGCUGUGGAUUUACAGCGCCGCUUCAGCCCCCACCCCACCCCUCCAAAAAAAAAAAAAAAUCUCCUCCAUGUAUUUGAAUUAGCGAGCACCUCAAAUGAAGCACAUGCUUAGACCAGCACCAUGCAUGUUAGAGCUGAUCACAUGCUCCCCCUCGGUUGCAUGUGAUCAGCUGCAGUCAUGAAGCGACUGGCUCAAACUGCACCCACGCUAACGUCACCCGCUCCGACUUCACAGUGUCGCCGCUUAAAAAAAAAGAUGUGCCAGUGCCUUUGCGGCAGGAGAUUUACGACAUUUAUGCCUUCGGUGCUCUUGUGUUGUCGGCAUUUUCCCCUUCUUCUUCUUCUGUCCACAGUGGGGACUUCUUAAAGAGUUGUAUGAUAGCAGAUAACAUUCCUGUAUAUAAACCUUCCUCUAUUCGGCUCUGUGUGUGCUCUGCUGGUGUCCAUGAUUCAAUAAGCAUGUGCUACAUUGGGAGACGUGACAUCAGCCGUGUGUUUUUUUUCUCUGCUAAUGUUUCUCAACCAACAGCACAACCACAACAGGAGAAAUGAAAAAAAAAAAAAAAUUCACCAUCCCAGCUCGAGAAUAAUCUAUAAACUGUAUAUAUUUAUACAUAAAUGUAAGAAGUGAUUUGUGUAGAGAAGAAGCAAGUGAAGCGAAUGACAUGAUAAAUAGCUGGAAUUAGUUAUCUCGGCACGUGAUUUGUGGCUGCGGACAUGACAUUUUUGUGGCACAAUGUCUACUAUUAAAACAAUGAAGGAGAUCUUUGAUAACUAGUGGUCCUCUCAGUGUGUUUUUUUUCCCCACUCCGCACACUUUUUCACACUCGCUGUCCAGUCUGAGUGCAACCUUUGUCCGAGCCAUUUCUCCGCUGCAACAUAAGCUGAGAGGAAUGAUGAUCUAUGGCCUACAUUUCUCAGGCUGCAGCUCGGAUUUUCACCUCCAACACUAACUUAUUGGCAUUAUUACAGGCUUGUAAAGGACGAGUUCACCCUAAAAAUUUAAGCUGUUGACACUUUCGGUCAUUUUUAUUUGUUCCAGUUUAGAAAAAUGCCUCAAUAGUGAAAGGUUUUUCCAGCUUUCUUAUGAGACAGUUUAACUCUUGAGAUACGCUUGAAUCUCUGGGCGACAGAAUAAAGAAAUGUGCUUGAAGUUCCAGAAUAUUCCAUAUAUAACCGAAACAGAUGAAAACAACAAAAAAAGAAAUAAAAGUGAUCAACUCAAACACCUGC